AGGCCAAGGGAACAAACAGAAAGCGUUGUCGUUUUGGGAGUUGGGAAGAAGACAACGAUAAUGGCGUUCGCUGCUAAUCCCUUGGCUCUCAGCGUUCCCGAACCUGCUUUCGAGUCAUGGCUUCGUGACAGUGGCUACCUCGAAAUUCUCGACCAACGCACCACCGCCGCUGCGGCCGCAUCUUCAUCCGCCGCCAAUUCCGACGCUGCUCCGGCGGUCACCACCGGAUUCUUCGUCUCCUUGUUCUCUCGCCUCCUCACCUUUCUCUCCCUCUUCACUGUCAACCCCUUCGCCAAGCUCACUGCUGAGGAUUUCGCCGGCGACACGCCCUCCUGGUCUCAUUCCUUUAUUGGCUGUUGCGAUUCCUACUCUUUCCCUUCGUCACCGUCGCAGGCUCGCUUGAGGGUCCAGGAGAAUGUCAAGCGCUAUGCUCGUAAUUAUGCGUAUCUGUUUAUCCUCUCCUUUGCCUGCACUUUGUAUAAGAUGCCAGUUCCUCUUUUGGGGUUGAUAUCAUGUUUAGCAUUGUGGGAAUUUUUCAAGUUUUGUAGUGACAGAUGGGGAUUAGCUGAAUAUCCUGUGACUCGACUGUGUUUAAUUCGCCUUGUCCAAUGUGCAACUGCUAUUAUUCUCAUCUUCUUCAACGUUCAGAUGGCUCUCUUUUGUGGAUUAAGUGUCAGUUAUACUGGCAUGAUUCUGCAUGCCGCAUUUCGAAAGUUGACCCCUGCAACCAAGCAACCUUCUCGACGGAGAGUAUGGUGGUAAUAUUAGCACUAGGGGCAGGCAUCAUGCUCAAAAAACUCAAGGGGCUUUGGUAUAUAGAAGAUUAUGCCUUUGUUUCUUCUUUGGCCAAACAGAAGUUCGUGCUCAUCAUGUAGAAUCUAGGACCCACUAAGAAUUUCUUAUUGAUGCAUGCCAGGGCUAUCGCGGAUCUUCUAUUAUUAUUAACCACUGCAAUUAUGACUUACAGUUUAAAAGUAUAUGACAAAUAAAUUUUAUGACA